GAUCUCGGUUUUUGCCGUGGAAACGGAAACAGAUCGUUGUUGCAGGAAAUUCUAAUUUUCAAACAAAGUAAUCGACACAUAAUAAAUAAUUAUAAAUUAAAAAGUCAAACUGCUUGGUCAACUUGUUCAAGUUCAUGCUCAUCACGAACCCUGAUUGUGUCUUGCGUCUUAUCAGAUGAGUGGAAAAUGUGAGACUAGGCGAAGCUGAAAUGACGUCAACUUUGUCGCCAUCAUAGGAAAACGUAGCCGUGGAGUGGUCGUCGUAGGGUCCCGUCUCUGUGUCAACAAAUGUACCUGAGGAUAAGAGAUCAGUAUCGUCACCUCCUCCUCCUCCACCACCGACCACCACGACUAGGUCUUAUCCAUCCCGAACCUACUACUUGGUCAGGAUGGUUCAUCGCUGCUGUAUUUCGUCAUGUGGGAUGAACGUACGUGUCGCAGAGGCUAAAGGGCUGUCUUAUCAUGGGUUUCCGAAUAAAGAACCACUUCGAGAACAAUGGAUUCAAGCCAUAAUUCCACAUCUGGAUAAACCCGAAGUUUUCAGACUUGUUCCAAAAUACACGCGAGUUUGUUCACGACAUUUUAGGAAGAAGGAUUACUCUGUGGAUAUCAAAAAACGAGCCCGACUAAAUUCAAAUGCUGUACCAUCGGUAUUUCCACGAAAGAACUCGCCUAUCGUAAUCCCCGUCGUGAUUGGGAGUCCUAGCAGGGCCAGUAAAACAAUCAAACUAGAAGGAGCUGCUGGUCUGAGUACUAGCUCAGCCUCCACCACGAGUGAUAUUGUUCCUACUCCGAGAACAAUUGGUCUUUCAACUUCACGAGCUUCAGAUGAUUCUUUACCCUCUUCUCUGAGUGGGUCGCCAUUACUUUGCCCAGUAUCGUGGAAGCUUGUCGACCGCAACAAUUUGUUGGAGGAUGGAACCACAAAUAAUCAAAACUUGAACAGUGGUGGCUGUUUAGACAGUCGUGAAUUUAUCUUUGAAGCAGCCACACUAAACGACGACCAGUUAACCUUACACGUGCGAGAUGGUAGUAGCACUUUAGAUAAUUGUGGUGGUGGUGGGGGCGGCAUCUCAUCAUCCAGCAUAUCACAAGAAGACUUGUCACAAAGUUCAAAUUUCUCCCUCAACAUUAACGAAGACAGUAACGAGGCUCCUCAUAAGAAACGAAAGCGUCGAAAGUGGAACCGAUCCGCGUUCGAUCGACCUGCCAAAGGGAAAAAGAAAGUGGACGAUGUGAACAUUGACGGCGUUGGUGAAGCACUCGCAGAAAUUAGUUUAUCAACUCUGUUGGCCAUCGCAACUCCAAAUCUGCAACAAGACAAACAACAACACCACAUCUUCGUCGGGGGCGCCAUGAGCAGUGAAGCCAACAGUUCAAUCAUAAAUAAUAAUCAAAACGUACCUGCAACAACAACGGCAACAGAGGGAUCAUCAUCUUCAUCAAGUGCUAACACAACUACUGCCAUCAUUUCUUCUAUUUCUACGCCUACGACGUCUUCAUCGUCUAAUUUUCGAACAGUGACCUUAUCCCUGUCCUCCUCUCAUCACGACUUGGUCAACCAACAUUUGAGCAGCAUUGAGCAAGAGCUGCUCCAAAGCAUACAGGCCGUCAGCCUUCAUUGCGGUGGGGACGGGGAUGGUGGCAAUGUUGAGGAGCAGGAAUUCAUCGUGGGUGAUUUGGACUCCCGCCUGCUCUCAUCCAUCUCUGGGCGACCACCCCCAUUUGUGCACCAUUCUAGCGAAGAGUCAAUUUUUUCCACGACGGAAGAGGAUGACCCCCUGUACCACAUUUCAUCCAUGGAUCCGAACAGUGUCAACUUGGAGUAUCACCAUCAUCAUUCCUCCACCCACACGGGACCCUCAUCCAUCAGCCCGACGACGGAGGACAACGGUGGUCUCCUCUCCCAACUUGUGAACGGGAUUGGGCUCGAUGAAGAGCGUGGCCCGACUUUGUUGGAGAUUGAACAUUUGGCUAAUCAUUUCAACUCUUCGCUCCUUACAGAUUACAACAAUACAGAGUUGUCGAUUGGGUUGGGAGAUUUGCAUUUGCCCAGCGACGGGAAAGACGACAAGGGCGAAAGUUUAGAAGGUCUUUGCACAAAUGAAGAAAUUGAGCAACAACUUCUUCCCGACAAAAAAUCGAGAGCAAGAGGUGGUGAUGGUAGUAAUCAGAAACUGGAUUCAGCAGAGGGACAUAAUAAUGCACGAAAUGUUAAUCGAGAUAGCACGCCAUCCUUACUCAUGGUUAAACCGCCGAGUGCACGGGCAAAGAAGAAAGCUCCAGAGAACGCGAGGCUGAACAGAGUUACCAAAAAGCAUAAGAAGGAAAAGAUAUGUGGCCAGUUUUCCGUGGAGCGAUUCAGCAAUUCGGACAAGGACAUUGAAUAUUACACUGGGUUUAAUUCUUAUCGGAAUUUCGAGGCUUUCUUUCGCUCUCUAGAAGCGUAUGUGGAACGUUUGCGUGUAACUGAUGUCAUGUUUGGAGUCGCUAAUUUGGGCACGCUCCAUUCCUCUUCCGAAACGAAUGGUGGUGACUCCUCCACCGCCGAAUGCAAUUCUGACACUGGUCGUUCCACCCCUUCCGAGUUUAUCCUCCCACUCCCACCUCCACCCGCGUAUGACGAGCCGAUAAAAAAGCGCCCAUUUCAUGGCCGAUCCAUGUCACGAAUUGAUGAAUUGUUCAUGACGAUUAUUAGACUGAGAAGAAAGUUACCUGAGAAAGUUUUGGGUCACAUGUUUUGUAUUUCACAACCCACCGUCUCUCGCAUAAUUCGAGCUUGGACGGUCCUCUUAAGCAAACUGAUUGACUGUUACCCUAUCGAAAGUAGCAGUAACACCGGAGAAAGUAGUAAUACCACCAAGUCAAGUAAAUCAUCUACCUCAAAAUCGUCAUCUACCUCCACGACUUGCACCUCAACCUCCACCACGACGGGACCCGGAUCAAAUAAAGAGCAUUCAUACACAAGUCGAGGACUCGGCAUCCCGGAAUCGUUUCGCCAACUGUUUCACAGUGACCUCGCCCAAUCCAUUGUGGUCACAUCGGUUACUGCUAAAGACAAGAAAACGGCACAGAAACCAUCUCCCUCGUCGUCAACAUCGUCCACUGUUACAUCGUCGGCUGGGACAUCUUCUGCAAAACGUUCCAAGAAGAGUCGGGUCGAAACAGUGGAUCCUUUACUGCUCGAGGUGGUGGAUGCCACGUCGUCGACCUCGAGGGAUGAUGAGCAUGAGCAGCAGCUUUGUGAUCUAUUGGACGGCACACUGCACGAUACCAACUUACUCUUUAGCCAGUUAGAAGUUGAAGAGUGUGACUUGUUUGCAGAAUCAUUUUGCAAUUGAUCGAUCGAGCAAGUUUCUUCUCCCCACCAAAAAAAAUGAUACAGUUCCAGUUCCAGAAUUGGGUCUUAUUGUUAUAUAUCCUGAUAUUACAGAAUGUCCGAUUAAUUGCAUAAUGUUGUUUGUUUCGUUUUUAACUUUAUUACUAAUUAUAUUUACUACCAUAUGCAGUCCGCUAUUAUAAAUCUGAGUUUAUUAGUUAACUAUUUACGCACGAGCAGAAGAUGUAUACACAGACGGAUUACUAUAUGAUAAGGAAUAACAGCAAGGAAUCGCCUCAUCCAUUGCAUCACAGGAAGAAGAAAAGCAACUAUAAACAAUGCAUUUACUUAUUAACUAAACUAACCGGAUACAGAAACGAAAUUAAUCUAUAAUAAUAUUCUUCGCCUCAAUGUCUUAUUUGGAAUAGGAGUGAUAAAAAAUUAGUAGAUUUCGUAUUUUUGCGAAAAAGAGAUUUAUUAAUUUGCCGCACACGUAAUAUGCGAGU